ACCAGGUUUUUAGUGGAACGUUUAAUUUUGUAUUCCUCCACUUAGCUUCGAUUCAACGACGAAAGAUGCCAAGGAUGGUACGGACAGUUCCCAUGAAACUCCCUAACGAAUAACACGGGUGAAAGUUGCCGUUGUGUGCUAACACUCGACAUUCAGGUAGUAAGAUUUAUUAAAUGGUGAUUACCAGUGCCAUGGAGAGGAGAAUCAAGUUGAAAACACUGAACAGUCACAUAACGUGCAAGAUAUGCAGGGGUUAUUUGAUAGAUGCUACCACUGUUACGGAAUGUUUACACACAUUUUGCAAAAGCUGCCUAGUGAAACAUUUGGAAGAGAAGCACACCUGUCCAACAUGCCAAAUAGUCAUACACCAGUCACAUCCCCUCCAAUACAUAAGCUUUGACAGAACUAUGCAAGAUAUUGUCUAUAAAUUAGUUCCUGAUCUACAAGAAAAUGAAAUUAAAAGAGAAAGAGAAUUUUAUAGAGCAAGAGGUUUACCUUGCCCAAAAGAUAUCCUACCGAAUGCUGGAGAAGUUGAAGAAGAAAAGGCAACAGCAGAUGCACAUGCAGAAUCAGAUUAUCACCGUACUGAUGAACAAGUUAAUGUGUGUUUGGAAUGCAUGAACACAAGUUUAAAGACCUUGAAACGAAGAUUUAUUAGGUGCUCUGCCCAAGCAACCAUUACACAUUUGAAAAAGUUUAUUGCAAAGAAAGUGUUAAAUGGGAUGGAAAAGUAUCGAGAUAUUGAUAUUUUGUGCAAUGAUGAACUAUUAGGUAAGGACCAUACGUUGAAAUUUGUUUAUGUAACCAGAUGGAGGUUCCGGGACCCACCUUUAAGGCUACAAUAUAGACCACGAAUAGACAUUUAAGACUAAUAUCUCUGUGUUCGAUAACGCGAUGAAAAUCACAAAGAAUCUUGUACCUACUUUAUACGUUUCCUAGUUCUAUCCGUGUAUCGCCCGUCGUAGUACUUAUUUCUGUGUUCUCUCACCGUAAGAAAUUCGAAAUUAAAUUUCGAAAAUGGUUUCCUGCGACGAAAGAAAGGCAGCCAGCUUUAGGCAAGCAUCUUUUUACCGUAUCACCUUAACCAGAUUACCAAUAGUCAUUAGCACGACAUAUUUUCAACAAUAGCAAUUCCAUCGUU